UGAGUGUCUAAGGACAGAGGGAUGCCUUAUGCUGUAAAGCCCUCUAAGGCAAAUUGUGAUUUAUAAUACGGGCUUUAUUAAUGAAAUUAAAUUGAAUUGAAAUAUCUGUUUACAGUCAGCUCCAUCUGUUGUCAUGGAGAGACUGUAGCCUACACACACCACCUUAACAACAGUUUGCCAAGCUGGUAUAGAAAUGCAGGCACAAAGGAAGAAGUAGACCUACUUUUAAACACUGUGAAAGACUUGGAUCUCAACAAUUAACCUACCUUUUCAAGACGGUGGUUGAAUUGAUGGAAGAGAGAGGCUGAGCUCGCACGGUCCAACAAAUCCACCAACGGUUUUCCGCAGGAAACAAAAUGGCGGCCGGCUGGUGACAAGCAGUCUCGAAUGACAAAUGGUCUGGACCACGGCACUUUUAACAACAUUUGGUUCUCUGAUCUUAGGAAUCCUGGAGCAGGAGAGGGGGUCAGGAGUUCUGAAAUCAGAAGAAGUCACCACAGUGCUACACUGCAACAGAAGAUGAAGACUACUACGAAGGCCAGAGCUUGUACGAGAAGAGAGUACGUUGCCAUUUUCCUCUUUCUGGUUGUGGGUGUCCUAAUCUUUGUGCAACGCAACAUUGAAGUUCUGAAGUUUCACCACACAGUGAACCCCACCAUCAUCAUCCCAAGAGUUUUCACUGAGCCCGACAUGCAUUACAACUUUUGCACCUUCAGGCCACUGUUCCCCGAGGACGCUUUGGAGAACCGCUUUCUACUAGACACCAUUGCCUGGCCUGACACUCCACUUUUGUCAGCUCCCUUUUCUGUGGAGAAAACCAGUGAUCCAGCUCACAGUAACUUCACCAUCGUCCCACAGAGGGGAAGAGGAGAGUGGCAUGUGGGGGAUCAGCUGGAGGUUACCAUCAAAAUGGCAGACUUCCAGGGCCGUCCCAGGAAGUCUGGGGGGGACUUCCUACUCGCCCGGCUGCACAAUCAGAAGCUUGGGGCAGGUGUGGUUGGGCAGGUUGUCGAUCAUCUCAAUGGGAGCUACACUGCUGGGUUCUCUUUACUCUGGGAAGGAGACGCACAGGUUCAGGUGAUAAUGGUUCACCCCAGUGAGGCUAUCGCAGUGCUGAACAGGCUGAACAGAGAACGACCUGACAGCCUUUACUUCAGGAGCCUCUUCCGCUCAGGCUCACUCUUAGAAACUGCCAUGUGUAACGUCUGUCUGCGUCCAAUCAAGCCACUGUGCAACUACACUGACCUGCGCACAGGCGAGCCUUGGUUCUGUUAUAAACCAAAGAGCCUGAGCUGUGAUGCCAGGAUCAACCACGCCAUGGGAGAAAACAAACUAAAUAUCAACACCAAUGAAACUAAGCUCUUUAAAAGUGGUGUCAACCUGAAAGUCUACAUUCGUGCUUCAGGACCUACUGGUAUCACCGUCUUGCCAAAAAAAGAAGGUCAACCCGAAGUGAAGAGCAGCAGUGUGACAUCCGGACCCUCUGGAUAUUACUACCAAGGUGUGUGGCGAGCACUAAAGGGCACCACAGUUCGUGAAUUUAACGUCUCUACCAUUGAACAGUGUCUGAAAGGCAAGAUGGUCCAAAUGUAUGGAGACUCCACCGUCAGACAGUGGUUUGAAUACCUUAAUGCAGCACUACCAGACCUAAAGGAGUUUGACAUGCACAGCCCGAAGAAAGCUGGACCUUACAUCUCCUUGGACUAUGCAAACAACAUCUUGGUGAGGUACCGCUUCCACGGCCCGCCUAUCCGUAUUGUCCCUGUUUCAACCAGCGAGCUUCAUUACAUUGCCAACGAACUAGAUGGCUUGAUUGGAGGCAGCAACACUGUGGUAGUUUUUGGCAUCUGGGCUCACUUCGGCACUUUCCCCAUUGAGAUCUACAUCCGGAGGCUGCAGAGCAUCCGCAGGGCGGUGGUGCGGCUGCUGGACAGGGCUCCAGACACACUGGUUGUCAUCCGGAUAGGGAACCCCAAAGCUUUGACACCCUCUGUGUCGCUAUCCAACAGCGACUGGCACUCGUGGCAGUGUAACAGGGUGCUCCGAGCCAUGUUCAAAGGACUGAAUGUUCAGCUGAUCGACUCCUGGGAGAUGGUCCUAGCCCACCACCUGGCACACAACCUCCACCCACCACCUCCCAUUAUUAAGAAUAUGGUUAAUGUUCUAUUGUCCUACAUAUGUCCUGAAAAGCCCAGCUAAAUGUGUGUUUGUGUGGGUUCAGAAGUGGCCUUUAAAGCACAUACUGACUUUUUCUUGUUUUCUGUGUUUCUACUAAGUGGUGCGUUUUGUCUUCAGCAGUCCUCUCACAGGGUAGACUAAAUACAAUUUUUGUCAUCUGUUUUUAAUCAGGGGAUGUUUAGUGAGCACAAAAGAAACAGAACUGGGUGGAAAGCAGCUCCAAGCCAUGUCAGGGUUGAAUGUUACAAAUAACCACGACUGAAUCCAAAAGUAACCCUUCAGACAUGGUACCUACUGUAGACUCUAGGUCCACUUAGUGUUUCGACCACAAACUUAAAUGUGGGUGGGGUUGUUGUCACUCACUGUAUUUCCUCCUUUAUCAGUCUGCACCUUGUUUGGCUGCAGUGAGAGUCUCUCUUAAUUGGAUAUUUAAAAAAGCAGGUUUGUGCAUUUAUUCCUUCUCAGGCAAGCUCAGGGGUUUAGUAUUGCUGUAGCCCCCAGGAACAAUGCUCGCGACACCUUUUUUUGAGCAUUAGAGUAUAUGCAGUUCACAUAAUCAGAUCGCAAUUAAUAAAAAAUUUUGAACGCU